AUGCGUAGGAUAGUGACGAACUUCAAGGACAAAUGUGAUGUCGCGAAAGUUGUUGGAACGUCAGUGUCAACUGGUGGCACUCUACUUGCCAUUGGAAGCGCUCUCUUUGCCAUACCAACAGGCGGUUUAUCUCUGCUGGUGACGGGUGCAGCCAUCGCAACCACCGUAGCCGGUGCAGCAACGAAUGGCAUUACGGACGCAAUAAAUAUCAGCGAGACAAAGUAA